CUGACCCAGAGGUGGGUGGAGCCUCGUGGUAUAUAAGCCUUCAAUCUCGAGCUACCAUCACAGUCGACUGAACGAUAUCUGAAAAUGUUCACGAAGGCAGUAAUCUGUGCUCUCCUUGCGGUGGCGGCCGCGGCGCCGCAGGGCUACAGUGUGCCCACUCCCGCACCCACUUACGGCAGCGGCCCCGUCGUCCCCAUCCUCGUGGACAACCGCGAAGGACCUGAUCAGUUCGGCAACUACAACUUCAACUUCGAGACUGGCGACGGCAUCAGCCGCCAGGAGCAGGGCGCUCCCCAGGGCGAGCUCGGCGCCGUGGCCUCGCAGGGCGGAUGGAGCUUCACCUUCCCUGAUGGCACUCCCGCCGUAUUCAGCUUCGUCGCCGACGGCGCUGGCUACCAGCCCCAGUCCGACCUGCUGCCCACACCCCACCCCCUCCCCGCCCACGCGAUUGCCCAGAUCGAAAAGGCCCGCCAGGAGGACGCCGCAGCCGCUUCAGGAGCGCGGCCCCAGUACAGCGCCCCUCCUCCCCCCAGCACCGGCUACUCCUUCCGCCGCUAAUGACGCCGCCCCGCCGCCCGUACGCGACGCUUCUCAUCCGGCGAUUCCGGCGGCGCCUCCGUCCUACGGCAUCGCCUUCACAGCCCUCCCCCGCCUCCCUCUCUUGCCUUCUCACCUUCCCUUUCAUCAAACAGAGUGAUGCUCACUGUGUGCUUAUCUACACCAUAUUAUUGUAUCAUAGUAUUAAAAUAAAAAGAACGAAUCA